AUGACACUGGACUUCCCGGUCAUCUUUCUGCUUCCUACCAAUCUCGGGGCGGACGAGCUCCACGAGUUGGAGGAACAAAUACCAACCCUCACAUAUGACAUCAAUGAGGCCGAAGUCAUCCUGGGAAACGUGCACCGGAAACAACGGGUCUUAUUCGAGCUUAGAAAACACAAACUUGUAACAGAAGAGAUAUCGACAACGGAGACAGACGAACCUACGUCUCCCAGCCUCAAGCGAAGGAGGUUCCAGACACCGGGUUCCGUUAUCACAGAAGACUCUGACACUGCCUCAGAUGGCGACUUUCAUCCUCUCCUAACCCAGUCAACUCAGUCGACUCUUAAAGCAGCCCCCACAACUGUCAAGGUGGUCAAGCUCGCCUGGUUUACCGAGUCUCUCAAAGCCGGGACAGUCCUACCCAUAGAAGACUAUACCUUAUACAGAGGUCGGAAACAGCAGAGCAAACCCGCCAAGCUGCAGCAAGCAUCACCAGCAAAGGCCGCGAAUAUCAUCAAACGUGCACUAGCAGACCCGAAGCCUUCUUCCCAUGGCUCACGGCCUGGAUCUUCUCACAGCACUACCAGCCACGGUCGACGCGAUCACUUCAUCACCAAGGCCCCAGCAUUGCUUCAUAUGACCACUUCAGAACAUGAAGUAGAGCUGCCCCCCAUCCCUGCCUACCUGCACACCACCUAUGCAUGCCAGCGUCCUGCACCCACGCAUCCACCCAACGAACCCUUCAUCGAGGAGCUCACGAAAAUCAGAACAGCCAGGACGCUGCUAGGUGACAAGAUUGGAGUGCGCGCUUAUUCCAGCGCCAUAGCCGCUCUCAUCUCCUACCCCUACCUUCUCCAGAGCGCCUUCGAAGUAGCGAGACUACCAGGCUGCGGCCUCAAGAUCGCCCAGCUGUACCAAGAGUUCCGAGAACAAGGCGAGCUACAGGAGGCCAAGGAAGAUGAGUCCGACCCCCGGCUGGCCGUCCUCAAGCUCUUCCACGAGAUCUGGGGCGUCGCCGAGACCACUGCCCGCGAGUUCUACAACAAAGGCUGGCGCGACCUUGACGAUAUUAUUGAAUACGGUUGGGACACCCUGACGCGCGUCCAACAGAUUGGCGUCAAGUACUACGAUGAGUUCCAGCAGAAGAUACCUCGGGCCGAGGUCGAGUCUAUCGCCAACAUCAUCCUCGAGCAUGCCAACAAGAUCCACCCGGGAUUUCAAAUGGUCAUUGUAGGCGGGUACCGCCGCGGCAAGCUGGCGAGCGGCGACGUGGACGUUGUCCUGAGUCACCCGGACAAGGCCGCAACCAGGGGUUUUGUUGAGCAGAUCGUAGUGGCACUGGAACAGUCAAAUUACAUCACACACACGCUGAUCCUGAGCACGGCCAACACCGAGCGCGGGCAGGAGCCUGUGGCCUGGAAGGGGAACGAGAAGAAGAGCGGGACGGGGUUUGACACGCUGGAUAAGGCGCUCGUGGUGUGGCAGGAUCCGCACUGGACGACGGGCGAGAAAAAGAAUCCGAAUCCGCACAGGAGGGUCGAUAUCAUUAUCAGUCCGUGGAAGACGGCCGGGUGUGCGGUGUUGGGUUGGACGAGCGGGACGACUUUUCAGAGGGAUCUGAGGAGGUAUUGCAAGAAGGAAAGGUCGCUCAAGUUUGAUAGCAGUGGGAUCCGGAGUAGGGCUGAUGGGACUUGGGUCGAUUUUGAGAGCGGGCCGAACGGUGAGCCGGCGCCGGAUAUGCUCACGGCGGAGAGACGGGUGUUUGAAGGGCUGGGACUGGAGUGGCGGCCGCCAGAGGAGAGGUGUACUGGUUGAUCGAAAUUGGGGAAACUAGAGCUGUUGAUACUGUAUACCUAACCUUCAACCUGGUUAUAUAAUGCUAUAAUUCAAGCAAAGGGGUCUUCUUUUGUAGGGCU